AAAAAUUUGAGGACCAAAGUGUCACCAACUCAUUGGGUGAGGACCAAAUAUACAUUUUAUCCUUUAUUUUUUUAUUUAUUUAUUUUUAGGACUUUACCAAACAGAGGCUACCGCCGAUUAGCCGACGCCAUAACGCGGACGAAGAAGACCGGCGAAGUUGCGGAGGAGGGAGAGAAACCGUUGCCUGCACCCGGUGCACCCGUACACCCGGUGCACCGCGCGCCGCAAAUUUGUCCGUCCCAUCUCAUGCUCCAAUCCCGUCCGUGCUCCAAAAUCAGAAGAAACUCUGAUGGCAAUCGAACGGCGGGGGUUGAAGUAUGAGAUGAGAUGGAUGGUUCUCCGAGCGCGGCGCACCGGGGGUACGGAUGCGCCGGGCGCACGCAGUCUUUUCUCACGACGAAACCCUAGCUCGUCAAAAUCCGUAUACGGUUCCCACCGAAACCCUAAGCCCUAAUCCUCUUUUCUCGGUCUUUUUCGUCGAUUUCGAUCGCUUUGAGGUUUCGAUCAAGCCGUAUCUUCUCGCUUAUUUGAAUCGCCCUGGAAAACAUGCAGAGAAUUCUCCAGCAACUCCGCAAUUUUCUAGUGAAGAUGAUUUUCUCUCUAUGAGCUACAUUAAUACAGUUCUAAGGAUGCUGUCCACUCAAGAACAGAGAGGUACAGAAGAGCAGAGAAUAAUUUUUCUUUCUCAAAUUCGACAACAUGGUUUUCGAGGAACAUAUGAGUUUCAAAUAGAAAACUGUAAAAAGAACAACAGCACAAAAGGAGAACAAAAAUAGAGACCUCCAAAUUUCUCCUAAG